AUGGUGAGUCAUUGCAUAUACAACAACGCAAUAAGACCGUUCUUGCAAGUUCGCUACAAGUCUGGCAAGUCAUCAACAUUAUGGUUGGCGAGAAAGUCCAAGGAUAUAUACACCCAACAAUCCAAGACGGAUUUCUAUAGAUCAAGAGCCGCAUACAAACUCAUAGAGAUUGAUCAAAAGUAUCGCUUGUUUAAGAAAGCCAUCAAUAUUGUAGACUUGGGGUCGGCUCCAGGUGCAUGGACUCAAGUGGCAGUUGAACGAACCAAGAAUGUAAAGGCAGACAUACUCGGGGUUGAUUUGCUCAGGUAUGCUCCUCCAGUGGGGACGACCUUGAUCCAGGGCGAUAUGUUGAAACAGUCUACCCAUGACAAGAUUAGAGACCAUUUUGCAGGCGUAUCCGAGGAAAUCGCUACUCACGAAUCUGCCGAGUCAAAGAAAGUGCUGUCAGUACCGUCGCACCCGGUCGACCUUAUAAUAAGUGACAUGAUGGCAAACACAUCAGGAAUGAAGGAUGCUGAUCAUUUCGCCAGUAUGGAUCUUUGCUCGGGAGCAAUAAUCCUCGCGCAUAAUCUCUUGCGGCCAGGUGGAUCUCUUGUCAUGAAGUACUUUUCCGGAAAACAAGAUAAACUCUUGAAAGAACUGAUGGAAAUCAUGUUUAAGCGAGUUCACUUGAUGGUACCGAAGGCCAGUCGAGAUGAGCUGCGAGAAUUGUACAUAAUCGGCCUAAACAAACACCCCAACCUUACACUAGAUGAAAUAUUUCCUCACGGAACAAUAUAG